CACUGCCUGGGAGUGUACACUAGCAACAUGACUGCUUCCACUAUCACGCUCCAUUUGGUGCACUGCCGAGGUGUUUGUCAGACCCCUAAAGGCACCAAGCCCAUCACGCCUGGACUGCGCUCACCUGGAGCUGGGUCUCUCAAACGUGAGUUAGUCACCCCAGAUGCAUCUGACCCCAAGAGAAGGAAGAUGGUAGACCAGUCUAGGUAUUACCCUACAGUCUUUGUUGAGAAGCCAGAGGAGCCGGUCGUGUUGGCAUUGGAUCCGAAAGGUCAUGGUGACGAGUCCUAUGAAGCACGGAAAGCUUUCCUUACAGCGUAUUUCAAUCGACAUCCCUACCCUUCCCAACGGGAGAUCGAGAAACUUGCUGCAAGCCUCUGGUUGUGGAAGUCCGAUGUCUCGAGCCAUUUUGCCAACCAUCGGCGCUCGUGUGACCGAGACUUAGACUCCCGCAAACCUGUUGUGUUACUAGGCUUUAACAUGCGGGCAGUAAGCCAGCUCAAGCAUGACAUGAGCUUUGAUGCCAGCUGGCUGUUUGAAGUCAACGACGACGAAAAAAGUGGAUUCUCAAGGACCUCAAGAUUUAGGCUGAAGUCUCCUGUUGGUUUCUCUACAGACUUCAAGGGGAAAAAGCAGCCAUUAAACACUGGACAAAGUAGUCAAAGCAACUGUGCCUUCAAACCAUGCCCUGGAUCAUCCUCAGAACCUAUUGCCAUUGACUCUGACAGUGAUUCAGAGCCAGAAGUGAUGCCUAAUGAAAAUCUUAAUCAACAAACUGCAGCGUUAAGGCCUUCAGUAGUUCAGUCCCACACAAAAGGGACAUUGCUGCGAGAGAGCUUCCCUUGCGAAAGAGAUGUCAGGGGGAGUAGAAGUUCUCCCAGACUUGGGCCAAAAAGUCUAGAUGGCGCCGUUUCUAGUUCCAGUCCUGAUGAGGCGACCUGGUCUGGCAGCAUGUCUUCUAAAGAGAGCCACUACAGACCAGCAGGACGAUUCGAAGUGAAGGGGAAGAAAGUUGGGUUGCUUGGUAGAUGAUGACUUAUGGUGACAGUCCCCUUUCUCUUCUAUCUAUUCAUGCUCAGAUUUGUAGGUCAGAGCUUUUACCUCACAUUUGGCUGACAUUGAACAUUAUGAUAUGAACUGAGUAAAACAUGUAAAGUUGGAGGAGUUACACAGUUUUACUGAACGUACUGUUUACUCUCAAACAACUCUGCUGUCAAAAAAGCAGAAAAACUAAUAUACUGUAUACUGUUUUUUUUUUUCCAACCGA